CAACCAGUGAACAAGACGUGCAGCUAUUUCAUUGCCGGGAAUUGUUCUUAUGGGGAGAGGUGCAAGUUCGUGCAUUCUUGGUUUGUUGGCGAUAACUUCUCUUUGCUCACCCCUCUUCAAGGUCACCAGAAGGUUGUUACCGGGAUUGCAUUGCCUUUGGGCUCGGAUAAGUUGUAUUCGGGGAGCCAGGAUGAGAUGGUUCGGGUUUGGGAUUGCCAGAGUGGCCAAUGUGUUGGGGUUAUCAACAUGGGAAACGAAGUUGGCUGCAUGAUCAGCGAGGGGCCUUGGAUUUUUAUAGGGAUUACUAAUUCUGUAAAGGUUUGGAAUACGCAAACGUCAACUGAUUUAACUCUCGAUGGUCCAGUCGGGCAAGUGUAUGCAUUGGUGGCUGGCAAUGAGAUGCUAUUUGCGGGAGCACAGGAUGGUAGAAUACUGGCAUGGAAGUUUAACGCCAUAAACAACUGCUUUGAACCUGCUGCUUCUCUUACUGGUCAUCAACUUGCCGUAGUUUCAUUAGUUAUUGGAGCAGGGAGGCUUUACUCUGGUUCCAUGGACAAGACAAUAAGGGUUUGGGACCUUACAACUUUACAAUGCAUCGAGAUCCUCACUGACCAUACGUCAGUUGUCAUGUCAGUAUUAUGUUGGGAUCAAUAUUUGUUAUCUUGCUCACUAGAUCAAACAAUAAAGGUUUGGGUUGCCGCAGAAAGUGGAAAACUUGAAGUGACAUAUACUCACAGUGAAGAACAUGGCAUACUUGCACUACGUGGGAUGCAUGAUGCUGAAGGCAAACCAGUCCUGUUUGUUGCCUGCAAUGAUAACAGUGUGCACCUCUAUGACCUACCUUCAUUCAGUGAGAGGGGGAAGAUCUUUGCCAAGAAGGAAGUCAGAGCCAUACAAAUAGGUCCUGAUGGGCUAUUUUUUACCGGAGAUGGAACAGGCGAGCUUAAAGUAUGGAAAUGGGUUGCAAGUGACCCGACAUCUGCUUAAUAUGAUAUGAAGUUUGACUUCUUUGUAAUUUAAUUUCUUCCUCCCCUAUGUAAUCUAUAAAAGGGCUUGAUAUGCUGCAGAAGUGAGACGCAUAAUGUGGUCAAGAUGUGUUAGAAGCGUGAGGCAAGGCAAUUUUGAGGUCUUCACAUUUAUCUAUUUAUCGGCUCCUUCACGUUUUUAAUAAAAAUCAGUUUUUAUUUUAUAUUUUA